CCUGCUUUUCAUAUCACAAGUCUAUCACAGCAGCUCCUCGCUGGAUCUACCAAGGACACAUCCUUUGAAUGCAGCUUUUGUUUUAUUGUGAUGCUGAAUGUGUUUUUUUCUUCAUCAUCCGCAGAUGAGACCUGAGCAAAAAGUUGGCACUUGCAGCAGACUCCUUUGUGUAAAGAACAGAGUCUGAAUCAUGUAUUGCGCAGAAUCUCUGCUCACUUAGGAUUAAUUUACAGGAGAGGGGCGCAUCUCCACCUCACAGGAUGCCAGUUGCGCGCUGAAUGUUACUGCAUGGUUUUGGGCACGGGUGUACCAAACUUGCGUAAAGAGGCUGAUUCCGUACAAGUAUCGAUUGCUUGUCCCAAGUAGGCGAUUGACACAAUGUCAGCCUUACGGAGGAAAUUUGGCGAGGACUAUCAGGUGGUGAACACCAACCAGAGCAUGACUUUUUCUGCGCCGGCGAAGAGAAAGAGGCAGCGGUUUGUGGAGAAGAACGGCCGCUGCAACGUCCAACACGGUAACCUUGGAGGGGAGACCAGCCGAUACAUCUCCGAUCUCUUCACAACGCUGGUGGAUCUCAAGUGGCGCUGGAAUCUACUCAUCUUCAUCCUCACUUACACAGUUGCAUGGCUGGUCAUGGCUUCAAUGUGGUGGGUGAUCGCCUUCAUCCGCGGCGACCUCAGCCACGGCGGCCACGAGUCGUCCUACACCCCGUGCGUCGCCAAUGUGUACAACUUUCCCUCCGCGUUCCUGUUUUUCAUCGAGACGGAGGCGACCAUCGGCUACGGCCACCGCUACAUCACGGAGAAGUGUCCGGAGGGUAUCAUCCUCUUCCUCUUCCAGUCGCUGCUGGGGUCCAUCGUGGACGCCUUUCUCAUCGGCUGCAUGUUCAUCAAGAUGUCGCAACCGAAGAAGCGCGCGGAGACGCUGAUGUUCAGCCAGGACGCAGUCAUUUCGCAACGGGACGGGAAGUUGUGCCUCAUGUUCCGAGUGGGGAAUCUGCGGAACAGCCAUAUGGUGUCCGCGCAGAUCAGGUGCAAACUCAUCAAGUCUCGGCAGACUCCAGAGGGCGAGUUCUUGCCCCUGGACCAGUGUGAGCUGGACGUGGGCUUUGGGACGGGGGCGGACCAGCUCUUCUUGGUGUCGCCUCUAACCAUCUGCCACGAGAUCAACACCAACAGCCCGUUCUUUGAUCUGUCGCAGCGCUCGCUCAUGAACGAGCAGUUUGAGAUUGUUGUCAUCCUAGAAGGCAUCGUGGAAACCACUGGCAUGACAUGCCAGGCGAGGACGUCUUACACCGAAGAUGAAGUCUUGUGGGGCCAUCGUUUUCUCCCUGUCAUGUCACUGGAGGAGGGCUUUUUCAGAGUCGACUACUCCCAGUUCCACAACACCUUUGAGGUCAAUACGCCUCCAUACAGCGUCAAAGAGCAGGAGGAGAAGUCCUCGUUGACGUCGCCUAACUCUCUCCCUGCUGCACCCACGCCUUCCUCCCCUCAGCUGGGUAACGGCGGACGCGGAGGCCGCAGAGAAAGGCUCUUGUCAGCUGACUAUGCAGACCACGUAGAGGACCAAGCCUCAAGGUUGCCAAGCAAACUCCAGCGCAUGAGCUCCACCAAGGACGAUCACCUAUGGAGGGGACUGAAGACGGGGCCAGCCUUGCCUGGGGGGAAGGCCUCCAGCACAGGAGACCUUCCGCUUAGUAUUCAGAGGCUGAGGUCCAGCUCCAUCCCGGUUGUGAGGCAAGGACAGCUGGAGGAGCAGGUCCAGCUGCUGUCCUUGGAUGGAGAUGCUGAGGAGGGGGAGCUGGAGAAACACAGACUGCCAACAGCCAUUAGCACCAUCUCUGCUCCAACCCCAACUCCAGUUCAGAUCCCCUUGGUAGGGAGUCGGCCAGAGGACAACCUGCCCGCCAAACUGCGCAGAAUGAAUGCAGACCGCUGACUUCUGCAGACUACCUUUAAGACUUAAAAAAACUGAAUCAGGCUUGAUGGGCAUUGCAUAUAAAUAAAGACUACUGUGAUAUAAGUUUUAUUUUUUUCUGCAGAUUGUGGCCAGUAUUUUACAUUUACUUACGGGCUCUCUACUAAGUUGUUCAUUGCCACAAAUAGAAGGACAACGCCAAUAAGCCAUCCAUCCGCUCAUACUGUGAGUCAUUUUUGAUAGAUCACCAUCUGUGCCCCCCACUGACUUGUAACAUUUCUGCCCUUGUGCUCGUUCCUUUCACUUUGUUCAUAGAGUUGCAUCAAAUACUUUAUUAUCUUUAAUAACUACACUUUUUUCAAUUAAUCAAGCACCAAAGUGGCAGUCAUAAAUAAGGCUGACCUGAAUUGACCAUUCGCUAAACCCCACCCAUGAACAGUGAAUGCCCAAGCAUAGCUUAGCAAUGGCAGGUUUAUUUUUCUCUCCAUGCCUCAAGCAGUGUACAUUGGUUUUAUCAAGACUCUAUCAUUUUUUAUGGGACAUGAGCAAAUCGGUUCACAAGGUGUUGUAGGCUUCCUGCACAUGACUCUUCAGCUCUGGGGAAAAAAGGGAGGGGACGAAAGUUGAACAUUUUCAACUUUAAGUAAAUGAGGAGAAAUUCACUUUAUUCUCUUUAAGUGGGUCUUCUCCGUAUGAGUGAUACCUGUUUUGUAGUGAUGUGCCAAUGAAGCCUCAUGAACCAAUUUACUUU